AUGUCCGCACCAUCAAGCACCACAGUCAAUUAUCCAGAAGAGUUCAAAGGGUUUGCCAUUACAGACCCAAAAGAUUGGGCUAAUCCUAAACUAACUUCAUACCAGCCAAAAAAAUUAGAUGAUUACGAUAUUGAUAUAGAAAUCGAAUGCUGUGGUAUUUGUGCCAGUGAAUUGUUUAGUUUGAAAAAUGAAUGGGCUGAUGGUCCAUUAACAUGUUUGUCUUCUACUUAUGGACCAAAAUCACAGGUUGUUGGCCAUGAAAUUGUAGGUAAAGUUGUUAAGGUGGGCGCUAGAGCUGAUUUAUAUAAAAUCGGUGAUAGAGUUGGUCUAGGUGCUCAGGCCUUUAGUUGUUUGGACUGUCCUCGUUGUAAAAGUGAUAAUGAACAAUAUUGUCCUAAAGCCGUGGGUACUUAUUGUAAAAAAUAUGCUGACGGCUAUGUUUCCCAAGGUGGGUAUGCUUCUCAUGUUAGAGCUCACCAGCACUUUUGCUUUCCAAUUCCAGAUGGCCUACCAAGUGAAUAUGUUUCCCCACUACUAUGCGGUGGGCUAACUGUUUACUCCCCAAUUAAAAGAAACAUUGAACAUUUAGAAGAACCUACAGUUGCUAUUAUUGGUAUUGGUGGGUUGGGCCACAUGGCCAUCAUGAUCGCCAAAGCUUUAGGUGCCAAAGUUGUUGCCUUUUCUAGAAGUUACAGUAAAAAGGAAGAUGCCAUUAAAAUGGGUGCUGAUGAAUUUGUUGCCACAGGUGAUAAUUCUAUUGAUUGGAGUGCCAAGUAUUUUGAUGCAUUUGAUUUAAUCUUAAACUGUGCAUCUUCUACCACUGGUUUGGAAUUGAACAAAUUAUUGCCUUGUUUGAAAGUUAAUAAAAAUUUUAUUUCUGUUGGAUUGCCACAUAAAGGAGAGGUUUUAGACUUGAAACCUAUUUCUUUUUUCACUAAUGGUUGUUGUUUAGGUUCUUCUAAAUUGGGUAAUAGAAGGGAAGCAAUUGAAUUAUUGGAAUUGGCCAAGGAGAAGGGGUUUAGACCAUGGGUUGAAAGAAUCCCUAUUUCCGAGCAGGGUAUUCACGAAGGACUAACCAGAUUGGAUAAAGGUGAUGUUAGAUAUAGAUUCACUUUGGUUGAUUUCCACAAGUUUUUUGGCACAGGAAAAUAG